GGAAGCAUAACAAUGAUGUCCAGACUGCUUCUACGAAUCUAAUUACCUGGGUACAACCCGACCUACGUUGGACGAAGGUAGGUAGGCUGUCGCGUUGAGAAAGCUUGGCGUCCUAAGUCUGAUUGGCUCGCUUAUUCGCACACUCAAGGCAACAUCACGAAGCGCACCACGACUUCAUGUCAAUCCUCAUACUAACCCAGCAGCCACCCUCGACGUCUCUCUCCAACACUUAUCUCCCUUCAUCAAGUCUAGGAAGUCUUCAAGAUGCCUUCAGAAGCCGGCCACAGACUAUACGUAAAGGGCAAGCACGUCAGCUACCAGCGUGGUAAGCGCAACACCAACCCAAACACCAGUCUGCUUCAGAUUGAGGGUGUAGCAGACAAGGAAGCGUCGAACUUCUAUCUCGGCAAGAAGGUCGCAUUCGUGUACCGCGCGCAAAAAGAGGUCCGUGGAUCUAAGAUCAGAGUGAUCUGGGGCAAGGUUACGCGGCCACACGGCAACUCUGGCCUCGUCCGGGCCCAAUUCCGCAACAACCUUCCUCCUAAAACCUUCGGCGCUUCCGUUCGUAUUAUGCUCUACCCUUCUUCGAUAUAACGUGUUCUUUCGACGGUGUUAAGGCAGGAAAAGACGAGGAGAUGGAGCGUGGGUAGAGGAUGAGAGCAACAACAUGCAAAGUCCUAGCUGAUAAACAGCCGGACAACGCUCAAUCAAUCGACUGCAUGCUCAUAAAAAUGUGAAAUCCUUCAACGGCCCAAGAUAAACCAGCAAGAACUGUGAAAACUUUGAACUUGGAAAACUGCUCACUUGAAGAUAGUCGGUCAUCUGCGACAUGGACACUGUGCUUUUGGUGGAGAUCUCACCAGCUUUCUCCUGGAAUUCA